AUGGCCUUACAGACCCUGAUAGCCCUCGUAUUUGCCUUCAUAUCUAUCAGGACAAGGCAAUCUGAUCCAGAGAAGGGUCCGGAGACCCUCAGUGAAACUCCCAAUGUACAGAGGAACCCGGGCGCUCGCGCUCACAACGACGAUGAAGAGGACGUGGACGAGAAGAAAGACAUAGUCCAGGAAACGCACCUGGAUAUGGACGACGAUGAGGAUAGUGGCUUACCUCCAGACGAAUCUUCCUCAGUCCCGCAGACUGACCCGCUCCAGCUGCUUUCCCUCGAUUCUCCUGACAAACGUCCGUCAUUCUUUACUCGAGUGAAGACAUUCGUGUUUCCGCCGUCAUCGGACGACUUGUCCUACGCACCAAACUACCGGUGCAUUCCCCUUAUAACUGGCAUCGUGGUACCAUUCUCGAUAUUGCUCGAGAUUCCAGGGCUUACCGGGUACUGGUACAUCCGUACCGAGAAUUAUAGUACCGUCCAGACUCGUGCUAACCCAGUCUUAUUGGAUAUCGGCCUUGCAUUUAGCAUGACUUGCGCUGUCCUCGCUAAUGUAUGCAUCAUCCUAAGGUUUCUUGAGAAGCGAGUCGUGACAAUGACAAUACUAUGUAUUGUGUUUCUGUCCAUCCACGAUAUUAUCAAUAUCGUCGCUCUCAUCAUCUUUGGCGUGAGCCACCGAUUUAACGACGGGUUUACCUACGGUGAAGCCUUCUGGAUGACUGUCUGCUCCACAGUCGUAUCGCUCGUCACCAAUGUAAGCCUUAUCAUAGACUUCAUUUGCACUCCUGAUUUCAAGACAAGUGGCAGUGGCCUCACCCGAAAGCAACGCACGCUAAUGAUCAUUCUCAUGAUCCUAUUUGUUUACAUCGCAUUCGGCUCUUUAGUCAAUUCAUUCUUGCUCUCUCUGAGCUUUAUCAACGCGCUUUACUUCACCGUGACGACAAUCGAAACUAUUGGCCUUGGCGACAUUGUGCCUGAUACUCCCGGAUCAAGGAUAUUCAUAUGCUUUUACGCUGCGUUUGGUAUCGUCAAUCUUGCCGUGGUGGUGGGCAUGGUACAAGAGACAGUGAGAGAAGGGCUACAUAUCGGCUAUUUUCGUCGCCUACAGAAUAUUCGAGAACGAAGACGUGCCGCACGGCGACGAAGGAAUGCAGAAAGGCGAUGGCGUUCGGCAGUCAUUUGGAGAUUGCGAGACAAAGGUGCAAAAGUGUGGGUUCAAAAAUGCCGUUCGACAUCCAACUCUUUUUGGGCCAAAGUGAAGAGAAGGUUCUUUAGUGCUGCAGAAAGGAUCCCACACCCCUUGGAUCAUUUCCGUGGAAAACGUUUGAACCUGGAAGCGCUCACACAUGCUGAGUUGAAAGCGGCGGCCAUGGAAGCGGGCGUUCCACUUGAUACACUGCUCCCACCACAGUUUUACGAAGCGCAGAUGCAGAACGAUCACGACGACGAUAAUGCUGAUGACUUGGAGAUUGGGAGCAUAUACCCUGCUUUGUCUGUUCCGCAUUCAGUGUAUGGUAUGAAUGUACGGCGCGGUGCGCAUCGAAUGCUAACGCACCAGCGGCUCGGUGCGAUGGCAGCACUCCUAACGAGAUUUGCAAUUGGAGUUUCUCUGGACGAUAAAGGACCUAUACUACAGGCCACUGUCGGCGACGUCAAAAAUCCUAGCGAAGACUCUGCUUUGAACAAUAAACGUGGCUUGAGGACUGGCGCGGAUGUCUCAGUUGAAGGUGAACAUGACACUGAAAGCUCUACGACAUUCGCUACGACAUCGAGCAGCGACGAUAUAAAUGUCAAAUAUGAUUCGAUGGUCGCGAGAAAGGAAAAGCAUGCUCUUUUCGUGCGCUCGUCCUUGGCAUUGAUAUUCUUCAUUGCGUUCUGGUUGGUUGGCUCUGCAAUAUUUAGUCUGACCGAAGGCUGGUCAUAUGGCUUGUCUAUAUAUUUCUGUUUUAUUGCAUUCACAACGAUUGGGUAUGGUGAUCCCGCGCCCAGGACGCCUGCAGGGCGAUCUGUGUUUGUCGUAUGGGCCCUACUCGGCGUUGCCACAGUGACCGUAUUGAUCUCUGUCGCCUCCGAGGCCUACUCCAAGCGCUAUAAGGCGAUGCUCCAAUGCGACUCUUUCGAGCGAGCCGUCACGACGUACCGCACUCGCACAAAAAAUAUGUAUAUGACGAGGACCCAGUCCCUGUCUGAACCCCAGCCUCCGAGUCAAGCCCAAAGCCCAACCCAGAUUGAGACUCAAUCGUUGACUCCAGCCUCUCCAAACGUGCGAUUCCAACCCCACGUUCCUUCCUCGGGUCUCCGACCACGCACAACUUUUGUUGAGCAGGACGAUGGCGGCGAGGGAAGCCAGCAACCACAAGACACAGAAAUAAAUGCACCGGAUCCCAAUUUACGUGCACAGGACUUGCUCGAGACACUCCCACAGCGCGUCUUAAACGAGGCGCGUUCAUUCCAGGAGUACAUGCGCUAUCUGGGGAACAGUGGCAGUGGCACGAACGCAUACGUGAAUGAGCAGCUGAGGGCGCUCCUGGAUGAUGUGGUUGGCGCGGAUAAUAUGAAGGCGGGCAUAAAAAUGGAUAUUUUGAGGGAUAACGAUACCAGGCGGACGCUCAUCACCUUAAGCAUCGAGAAAUCGUUGAUGGAGCUUAUGACCAUCGCGGAGGAGGCGAUUGCAGGGAUGAAUGAGCGUGACCGUGUUGCUGCGGCCUUGGGCCAGGGGCAGGAAGACGCUGAUGCUGAUGUUGGGGACCCAAUAAUUGCAACCGAUGUUGGAGGCACCAAUGUCGAUGGUGCCCUCUCAUAG